AUGUCUGAUCAACCAACUACAAGGCUUGCAACUGAAGACGACAUCCCAAUCAUCCUGCAGUUUAUCAAUGAGCUGGCUGAGUACGAAAAGGCACAGCAUGAAGUCCAGGCUACCCUCGCCUCGCUGAAGGAAACACUCUCGUUCCUCGACUCGCCCAAGCGAGGGUCUGUCUAUACGUUCCUUAUCAUUCCACCCGCCACUGAAGCCGAUAGCAGCCCGAAGCCCGUGGGGAUGGCACUUUUCUUCUACAACUACUCGACGUGGAGGUCGGCGCCCGGCGUCUAUCUAGAGGAUCUAUACGUUCAGCCGGCUUAUCGAGGUAAAGGUUACGGCUUCAAGCUGUUACGGACGCUCGCCGAAGAAGUCAUUCGUAUUGGGGGGAAGCGACUUGAAUGGUCUGUUUUGAAGUGGAAUGAGCCCAGUAUUAAAUUCUACAAGUCGAUUGGAGCGGCGCCAAAGGACGAGUGGCUAGGGAUGUGCGUCUCCGGAGAUGCGUUGAACAACCUGGCCGGCCAUGGUCAAUAA